AUGUACAACAUCAAUAGGACUCUAAHAGCCUUCAUUGCAAACUCGAUGGGGCUGUGGAAAACCACCCUUGAAGCCAACUGCAAACCACUUGCACAAGUGUCCAUCAAAUGUGGCADAUACCAAGGAGAUGCUCUGUCCCCACUGCUGUUCUGCAWAGGCCUGAACCCUCUCAGCCAAAUCAUCAACAAGACUGGCUACGGAUAUCGACUCAAGAAUGGGGCCACAAUCAGUCCCCUCCUCUACAUGGAUGACAUCAAGCUGUACGCCAAGAGCGAGCAAGACAUCYACUCACUGAUCCACACCACCAGGCUCUACAGCACUGACAUUGGGAUGUCAUUCGGACUAGAGAAGUAUGGAAAAACACGAACUAAAGACAAGUACCGGGUGGUCUACACGGACCACCAGCGCCUGGAGCUGGAGAAGGAGUUCCACUACAGCAAAUACAUCACCAUCCGGAGGAAGGCGGAGCUCGCCACCACGCUCAGCCUGUCWGAGAGACAGGUCAAGAUCUGGUUCCAGAACCGACGAGCCAAGGAGCGGAAAAUCAACAAGAAGAAGCUGCAGCAGCCGGCCUCCUCCACGACCACGCCCACCCCUCCCGCCGGCAGCACCGGCGGCGGCGGCGGCGGCGCCUCCAUGGUGACGAGCAGCAGCGGCAACAACGGUCUGGUGUCUCCGUCUCUGACGCUGAACAUCAAAGAGGAGUUCUGAGGGACGCGUUUAAGACUCCGAACAGGAAGAACUGUCCUUCCAACAGCUCCAGACUUUUAUUGUGAAAUAACAGGAAGUCGACUCUGUCCGAAGAAGAACUCCACUAACUUUUCUUCACAUGGUUUGCUGGGUUCUGUUCACAUGUUCCUCCAGCGGGUCAGGACCCUGCAGAACCUGCAGACCAGCGUCUCUCUGGGUUUGGAUGAAAAACACAUUUCUGUGUCACUGGUACACUUUAGACUAGAGAAACACGUCAUGUCAUCACUCAUGUCGGUUAUCGGCCAUGACAGCAAUAAUUAUAUCAGAUAUCAGCUGGAAUUUAUACGUCGGUGCUUCCCUGGUUUACACGUUUUGUUUAGGAGGAACUGUAAAAACACUGGAAAUAAUUUAACUCUCUGAAAUCACUCCUUCUUCUUUCUUAAAUCUUUGAAGCGUUUAAAACAAAAACCAGCAUUUCCAAACUUUUUUAUUUGUUUUAAGGGUAUAAAAGGUGAUUAAAGAAGUUUUCAUACAGUUUUAUAUUUAAACCUUCAGGUUUUAUAUUUCCUGCUUCAGAAGUUAAAUG